AUGGAGGGGGCUAGAAGGAUGCAGCAGCAGCAACAGCAGGAACAGCAGCAGCAGCAGCCGCUGCAGCCGCAGCACCCAAAGCAGCCUGGGUUCUACCAAAGGGUCAGGUGCACCCACAUGAUCCUGCUGCUGCUGCUGCUGCUCUCAUGGUUGGUUUGCUGCUGCGAUUUGGCGGGGGCAGCAACGCACAGGAAGAGGCAUUUACAGCAGGUAGCACUGUCGCUGCAGCAAAACGGCAGCAGCAGCAGCAGCAGCGGUAGCAGCAGGAGCAGCAGCAAAAGUAGCAGCAGCAGCUACGGCUGCUAUAGUUUUGUCGCCAACCAGCCCCAGCGUGGAAGAUGUCUGGACAGCAGCAUUACGUACACCUCAGCGGCGAGACUCAAAGUGGCAGCAGCACCUGCUGCUGCUGCUGCUGCUGCUGCUGCGCGGAGUGCGUAUCUCCGCAGCCAUGUUCGUUUGGCAGCACUACAUCAGGGUGCUGCUGAGUACAGGAGCGACAGCAGCAAAGAGGCGACGGAGAGCAGCAGCAGCAGCAGCAGCAGCGACAGCGACUUUGGACCUCCUGGCAGCAGCAGCAGCCGCAGCAGGAGAACUCGACAGUCCCCGUUCGUCGGGCCUCAGCUGCAGCAACUGCAGCAGCAGCAGCAGCAGGGCUUGGGAGCAAGCUUGCCGUAUCCGUGGCCGUCGAGCCCCGCCCCCGCCUUCGGCGGGCCCCCGUACUACAGCAGCAGCAGCAGACCCAGCAGCAGCAGCAGCAGCAGGCGGUACUGCGAAAUGUACAGCGCGCCGGAGCUGCGCAGCUACCUGCAGCGCAAGGGCCUCUGCUGCAGCGAAGACGCGGAGAAGUUCGUUUGCACUUUUUGUCCUUUUUGUCCUCCGCACAAAAACAAAAAAGACAAUUUAAACAAACUUGUCUUCUUCCGCAAUUCCGGCAACUUCUACUGCCACAG